UAAUGUAGGUUAAAUAAGGUUGCGUUUUGGAACACCAUUAUGAUGCGUCCCGCGCAUCUCAUGUAGAGACAAACGAAAGAGGUAUGAUACCGGUAUUACUAAUUUUUCUGAUACAAAACGAUAUAAAAUAAUUAUUCUGGCCACAUCAUGAAGCUAGUAAGAUUUUUGAUGAAACUCAGUCAUGAGACUGUAACGAUAGAAUUAAAAAAUGGAACUCAAGUACAUGGUACAAUUACAGGUGUAGAUGUAGCAAUGAAUACCCAUUUAAAAACAGUAAAGAUGAUAAUUAAGAAUAGAGAUCCUGUACAGUUGGAUACUUUAAGUUUACGAGGGAACAAUAUACGGUAUUAUAUUCUACCUGAAUCUCUUGCAUUGGAGACAUUACUUAUUGACGACACACCAAAAGCAAAAGCUAAAAAGAAAGAAGCUGCAAGAGGAGCAGCACGUGGAAGGGGCCGUGGUGGUCGUGGUGCAAGAGGUGGUAGAGGAGGUAGAGGAAGAGGACGAGGCAGACGAUAGUAGUUUAAAAUUUCUUAAGUAUUUUCUACCUGUGGACAAUUGAGAAAAAAUGGAAAUACUUACCUUCAUACGAUAUAAGAAAUAUGAGCGAUUAAUAAAAUCUUUUGCACUGC